AUGAACCAAACCAUCCAUGCAGUUACCCGGCCCCUACGGCGGGACCACUACCUCACCCCGGUCACCGGCCUCAGCUUCUUCAAAGCUAAAGACCAUGAGACGUAUAUCCUCGCCGGUGAGGACUCGGAGCUGAAAAUCUACGACACUGAAGGGCGGCUGCGCGGCCAGCUCAAGAUCUUCCGCGCCCAGCCCAUUCAUGGCAUUCACGUCAGUGCCGGCGGAGAGGACAGCCAGCAACGGCGGCAUGUGCUCCUCUGGGGAAACCAAGCGGUGACUGUGAUCCCCGCCAGCGUUGUUGAGGAGCUCAUCCUUCGCGAUGGAAAAAAGGAUGAGCCCUCGACGCCGCUGGACAUUGUGGAGGCUAAGGCGCCGGACUGGAUCUACGACGGCGUCAUCUCGCCCAAGGAGCCGGGCCGCGGUGUACUCGUCACGGCGCACAACGAAGUCCUCGAGUUUUUCAUCGGAGAUGACGGCAGAGCGCUCGAGUUCGGUCGCAUCAUCUCGCCCUCGCGGCCGAUCUUGUACUCGGCAAACCUCACCUGGAUAUCAGAGACCUCGGUGCUCGUAGCCGGGGGCACCGUCUUUGGUGAAAUCAUUGUCUGGAAAUGCCACUUCUCCGGCGAUAUGGCGGAGCCGGAAAAGAAGCCGUGGAGCGAGGUCUUGUUCGUGUUCACCGGUCACGAGGGCUCCAUCUUUGGCGUGGACAUCUCCUCCGAGGUCGACAUCGGGAACGGCAGGAAGGCGAGACUGCUAGCCAGUUGCAGCGACGACAGGACGAUACGAAUCUGGGAUAUCACUGAGAGGCCCGAGGCGCCGCGGUUGCAGUAUGAUGCCUUUGGCGAAGCUCGGGAGACAGGGUUUGGUGGUGCGGCCGCAGCAGCAGCCGCGGCAGCCGCGGAUCUCACUGCGACGCAGGUCGCGUCCAGCGCACCCCUGGCCAUGGCCAUGGGCCACAUCUCGCGCAUCUGGCACGUCAGGUUCCCGCAGACGUUGGGUGAGCUGGCCCGAGGUUCGGCCACAACGGUGUACUCCUUUGGUGAGGACUCAACAUUGCAAACCUGGUCCCUAGAGAUCAACGUCGAACAGUGGCGGCGGAGGUCGCUUACCCCUGCGACCGCGGAUGAGGUCCAAGUCGGGGCCAAGAUCACGCAUACGGAGACGUACGCCCGCCACGACGGCAAGCAUAUCUGGGCCACGGCGCUCACGGAGACGGCUGGCGGCGAGGUGGUGGUUGCCACUGGCGGGGCCGAUAGUAAGAUCAACCUCCUCUCGGACCGCUCGCGCACGGUUAGUGAUGGGAUGUCCAACGUGAAGGACCUGCCGAGCGAGCUGCGCACUUUGGUGAUGCGGGACGUGAUCGGCAAGCUGCCGGCCCGGAACCCCGACUUUGCGAUCCCGUCGGAGGUGAAGGAGGCGUUCCACCGGUUCGCAUUCAUCUCUAGGGAAGCCCUGCUCGCGACGAGCACCACCGGCCGUCUCCUAGUCGGCACGUUCGGGGCGGAGCUGACGUGGUCCGAGGUCGGGACCGAUGCGGAGACGCUGCAGUCGCUGAGGGCUUGCACGAGCUUGAAGAGCCCGGCGCCCGGUGUGGCGCUGCUGGGCACGGCGAGCAAGAGGGUUUUCCUCUACAAGGACUCGGCCAUCCAGCAGAUUGGUACGGUGCCUGGAAAGAUUGCCGACAUCUUUUGCUUGAGCGACGCUUCAGGGGCGUCGAAGCUAGAGUUCCUCGUCACCAUGCUGGGAGGCGAGGAGGCCAUGCAAAUUCUGACACUGGACCUCGAGACUCUCACGAUAACCUCCAUGGUCCCGGUUCCCGAGCUUGAUAGCAGGUUCGUCGUCACGGCCGCCUGCCAGGUGAACGACCUCCUCUUCCUCGGCUCCCGCCACGGUUACAUGUCCGUCUUCCGCCGCACCGACGGCCAGCUCAGCACGCUCGCAGCGCCGGACAGGCGUACCAACGACGCCAUAACCUCCAUCAACCCCCUCCCGACCUCGUCCUCUUGUUCUGCAACAUCUCACAUCAUCACGACAAGCCGCGACGGGAACUACCGCAUCUACGAAGUCUCCCCCGCAGCCUCCUCGUCCCCCAUCCGCCUCCGCCACGAGACGGCCCCUACCGCAGUCCCCAACCUCGAAGACGCCUGGCUCGCCGAAACAGACCUCAUCCUCUGCGGCUUCCGCAGCAAGAACUUCAUCGUCUGGAACGAGACGCGUCACGAGGAGCUCCUCCGCGUCGACUGCGGCGGCGCGCACCGCGCCUUCGCCUACACCCCGCAAGUUGGCGGAAGGGGCGGCGGCCUGCGCUUCGUCUUCAACAAGGCCGCUACACUGGGCGUCUACGUGCAGCCGCACGCCUCCGCCGCCGUCGUCAACCACCGCACCCUCAAGCGCGGCUCGCACGGGCGCGAGGUCCGCACCAUUGCGUACUCUGGGCGUCGAUACAUUGCUACGGGCGCCGAGGACACGGCGAUUCGCAUCUGGGAGUACGCCGCCGUCCCGGAGUCAUCAUCGAGACGGGAACUACGCUGCGUCAAGGUCAUUAAGGUGCACACCGCCGGUCUGCAGUCCCUCAGGUGGCUCGGCGAGGAGCUGCUCUUCAGCUGCAGCGGCAACGAGGAGUUCAUGGUCUGGCGGGCGACCGACCUCGGCGACGUGGCCGGGCUGGGUCUCAUGCGCGAGGCGGUGUUUGCGGACAGGAGCGCGGACGGGGAUCUCAGAAUCACGAGCUUCGACGUCGAGAGGUUGGAAGACGGGGCCGCCGCCAUUACGAUGGCGUUCUCGAACUCGUUUGUCAAGACGUAUCGGUAUACGGCCGACGACGGCUUCGAGCUCCUGUUCAAGGGGCAGUAUACCGGGGCGUGUCUGACGCAGGCACGGCAUCUCCGAGUCAGGGACGGGGUGUUUGACGUCGUCACUGCCGCGACGGACGGGUGCCUUGCCGUCUGGCGGUCGGCGGGGGCUGAGUAUGUCCUCCGGCACACAGCGCGGGUUCACCAGAGCAGCGUCAAAGCUCUCGACGUACAUUCUUCGUCUGCGGACAAGGUCGUAAUUCUUACAGGAGGCGACGACAACGCGCUGGGCAUCACGACGCUCGACUUGUCAGCCGACGGCGGCUUUGCGCCGGUAGCCAGGGCGGGUGUUAGGAAGGCCCACGCGGCGGCCAUCAACGGGCUUACGGUCCUGAGAGCGACGGAGGACAACAAGGAAGUGGUCUUGGCAACGGCGAGCAACGACCAGCGGGUCAAGAUGUGGAAGCUUACGUGGCGCGGAGGCGUCGAGGAGGUCACGCUCGUCGCGGACGAGUACAGCGGCGUCGCGGACGCCGGUGACGUCGAGGUCAUUGGGGACGGGAAGGUUGUUGUUGGCGGCGUUGGGCUGGAGGUUUGGGAUUGGUCCAGGAUGGAUGGUUAA